AUGCCGCGCAGGUGUUCGUGUGCUGAUGCGUCCGCCCUCUCGAACAUCUUCGUGGCCAGCCUGGCCACAAAGUCGUCAAGGCCCUCCCACUUCAGGUCCCUGAGGAUCGUCGAGUUCCUCACGUACCGCGGGGCGCCGACGACUGCUCUGAGACUGAGGUUCUCUUGCGCUCUGAGUCUUCUUCUGUUGGGGGAGGCUGGAGGAGAGGACUCCGUGGAGCUUCCCUCUCGCUGCCUUGGUGUUCGCGACGACGUCUCCCACGUGCUUCUUGAACGUGAGACGCCGGUCAAUGGUAACUCCCAGAUAUUAGACGUGUGGCCGCCACGGCACCGGUUCGCCGAGCAGUCGCAGUGGAGGCGGAUGAGCAACUUUUUGAUAAUUUACAUAUCACUUGUCAGCGUUAUAAGUACAAACGCGGGUAAUGACACCAACAAGACUUUACAUGAACUGGAGAAACAAAAAAGUGAACUUUUCAUUGAAAUCCAAAAAGCUAUCGAAGACAGCGCUCAAGCUUUACAGAAAAGCAAUGAUACCAAAGCUAUCACUGGUCUAGAAUAUCUAAAAGAACUGCAGCAACAGUUCAAUGAGAGCGUCAUUGAAAACGAAAUCAAUGAAGCAGCUAAAAACUUUACGAGUCGCAGGAACCAACCCAGGUAUAUACAGAAAGGCAAGGUUCAAUUGGACUUGUUCGACAUAGCGACUCUCUUCAACAAUAAGAAAAAAGUGAAAGUGCCUACAGCAGAGAGAGACAGGAAUCAGCUUCUAAUGAGAAAAAGGCUUGAGGAAUGGAUGCGUGAAAGGGAAAGGGAGAGAAAGAAUAGGGCUUUGAUAUUACAGCAACAACGGUUCAAAUUUGAGAAUUGCCCGGCCGAGGGGCACUCGAAGCGGAAGAAAAAGAAGAAGAAAACUAGGAGGUUUAACGGGAAACAUGUUGAAGGUGGGGAGGCUGCUCGAGGUGGUCGCAAUGGUACUGCCAAUGUUACUGAGAAAGAUGGCCGUCGGUAUUACGGCGAGGACGGCGAGGACGGUGCAGCCUAUGGGGCUGGGAGACCAGGGAGACCUGGAAGGUCUGGGAAAGGCAGAUCUGGGAAAGGGGGAGAACCCGGGGAACCAGGGGAACCUGGGACCAAUUCGCGAUCAGCGGAGGAUGGUGACGACGGACAGGAUGGUGAAGGUGGUAAAGGUGGUAAAGGAGGUAAAGGGGGUAAAGGAGGUGGUAAGGGAGGUGGUAAGGGAGGUAACGGGGGUAAGGGAGGUGACUAUUUUGAGUCAACAACUCUACCUCGUCGCGUUCAAGAUUGUAUAGAAAAAGAAGAGGAAAAGAGGAAGGAGAGACGUUUAAAAAAACUCCAACGUAGAGUUAAGUACCCGUGCUGUAGGAAAUGCUGUAAAUUUUCAUAUUUAGGAUGUUUGUGA